GCUGCUGCAGACUGUCGCGCUCAUUGUGUUCAGCACAUGAGUUUCUUUAUACUCGUUUUACUUGCUUUUGUUAAUUCUUGUGAAUUAUUAUUUUAAAUCAACAUGAUAAGGCUCAUCCGUUCCUAUAAAUUUUUACGUUUGCGUAAAACUAGUGUACAAUAUUUUUCGGCUCGAACUAAUAUGGAUUUGAAGGAUAUUAAAAGUGAUACCAAGAGUUCACAAUUAAAAAAUAGUUCGUCAUUUAUGAUGAAUAUUUUUCGUGGAAAAAUGCUUUCAGCGGAAGUUUUCCCAUACCCUGACGUCUUGGUGGCAGAUGAAAAAGAACUAAUUUUGAGUUUAGUUGAUCCAUUUGAAAAAUUUUUUACCGAGAUAAACAGUGCAUCACGAAAUGAUGAAAACUCAUCAAUUGAUGGUACAGUACUGAACAAAUUGUGGGAGCUUGGAGCUUUUGGCAUUCAGGUUCCAGAGAAAUAUGGCGGCUUGGGACUUGGCAAUACGCAAUAUGGUCGUUUGUGUGAAAUUUUGGGUGCUAACGAUCUUAGUGUUGGAAUUACUCUAGGUGCACACCAAAGUAUUGGUUUCAAGGGGAUCUUGUUAUUUGGUACACAACAACAAAAAGAAAAAUACUUAUCAAAGUUAACGACAGAGAAAGUGUAUGCAGCAUUCGCUCUUACCGAACCAAGCUCUGGAUCUGAUGCUGGUUCCAUACGAACUCGGGCUGUAAAAAGUGAUGAUGGAAAUUAUUUCAUUUUGAACGGUUCUAAAAUCUGGAUAUCUAAUGGUGGCGUUGCUGACGUAAUGACAGUGUUUGCACAAACAGAACAAGUCGACCUGGCAACUGGCGAAAAAAAAGAUAGGGUAACAGCCUUCAUCGUAGAGAGAUCUUUUGGAGGUGUAACAAAUGGCCCUCCAGAAAAGAAAAUGGGCAUUAAAGCAUCGAAUACAACCGAGGUGUAUUUCGAUAAUGUUAAAGUCCCAAUCGAUAAUGUUUUAGGAGGGGAAGGCAAUGGGUUUAAAGUUGCCAUGACUAUAUUAAAUAAUGGUCGAUUUGGAAUGGGAGCAACUUUAGCCGGCACAAUGAAAUUUUGUAUACAAAAAGCUGUAGAACAUGCAAAUAAUAGGGUACAAUUUGGAAAGAAAAUCAAAGAAUAUGGUUGUAUACAAGAAAAAAUAUCUCAAAUGAAUAUACUUCAGUAUGCAACUGAGUCAAUGGCUUAUACCAUAUCGCAAAAUAUGGACAAAGGAAGUAAAGAAUAUCACUUAGAAGCUGCGAUAUCCAAAAUUUUUGCGUCUGAAUCGGCGUGGUAUGUUUGCGAUGAAGCUAUUCAAAUACUUGGAGGAAUGGGAUAUAUGAAAGAAGCUGAACUAGAACGUGUCCUCAGAGAUCUCAGAAUAUUCCGCAUUUUCGAAGGCACUAAUGACAUUUUGCGACUUUUUGUCGCACUAACAGGCAUUCAGUAUGCUGCCUCAAACCUAAAAUUUUUACAGAGAGCCUUUAAAAACCCUGCCAAUAACUUUGGAAUAGUCUCAACAGAGAUAUCAAGGAGAGUUUCCACGUCCAUUGGAUUGGGAACAAUAGAUUUUAAUCCACACAUAGCACCAGAACUUCAGAAUUACGGUAAAAAAGCGGCUAACUGUAUUGAAUUAUUUGGGAAAAGUGUGGAACGCCUUCUGGUUAGGUAUGGCAAAAACAUCAUCAAUGAACAAUAUAUAUUGAAACGUUUAUCAAAUGCUGCAAUCGAUAUAUAUUCAAUGGUAGUUACAUUAUCUCGUGCGUCGCGUGCCAUUAAAUUAAACUUACCUACUGCACAGCACGAGUUGAAUAUGACCAAAGUUUUAUGCAUUCAGGCAUCAAACCGAUGUAUGGAUAAUCUUCGAAAUACAAGUGCAGAAUCUGAACUGGAAAUGAUUGACGUAAUGGAAGAAAUAGCCAGGGAAGUCUGUAAUAAGGGAGGAGUUAACACGACUCAUGUCAUUACUAAUUGACGAUUUUUUGCGAUUUUUAUAUUUUAUAAUUUAUAAUUUUUUUAUAUUUAUAUAUUUUCAAUAAAAGUUUUUUCUCUAAA